GAAGGAAAAUCAAGAUGGAAGAGAUGAUGAAACCUGCAUGGUUACAAGGAUUAAUGUCUGAGAAUUUCUUUGGAGGAUGUGAAAUACAUCACAAUAGAAGGAAAAAUGAGAAAAACAUCUUUUGCUUAGAGUGUUGUCAAAGUUUUUGCCCUCACUGCCUACCACAACAUCACUCACAUCCUCUUCUACAGGUGAGAAGAUAUGUAUAUCAAAAUGUUAUAAGAUUGGGUGACCUAGAGAAGCUCAUUGAUUGUUCCUAUAUUCAGCCUUACACAAUAAACAGUGCCAAAGUUAUAUUCUUGAACCAAAGAGCACAAUCAAGGUCAUGCAAGGCUUCUGGCAACUCUUGUUUCACUUGUGACAGAGUUCUUCAACACCCCUUCAACUUUUGUUCCCUCUCUUGCAAGGUUGAUUUUAUGGUGUAUCAAGGUGAAGAUUUAUCAAACAUCAUCUAUAGGUUUGAUGAUUCUGAAUUUGCACUCUCACAAUUCGAAGGACUCCACGUGGACACCUCCGAUUUGAUCGAUGAAGAAAGCCAAAUUACUCCUAACUCCAUCUUAGAAGAUCCAUUAGAAUGCAGAGGUUCAUCUUGUUCAAACAAUGUCAUGGGCAAUUCCGGUAUUUCACACGAUGGACGUAUGGUUAAAAAUAAGAAAAAAAACAGUGGUUUUUUUCCAGGGCUUGUGCUUUCAUUAAGCAAUAGGAGAAAAGGAGCCCCUCAAAGAUCUCCUCUUUCUUGAAAAUAAAAAAAAUAAAAAAAAAUUAAUCAAAUAUUCUCAAAAAAUAAUUAAGUAAUAUUUAGUACUUGUUGUAAUAUUAUUAGUAGUUCUUUGGAUUUGUGACUGUAAUUUUAUGAUGUUUUUAGUGUCACUUUUAGGUUUUGGAAUUUAAUU